AUGGUCAAAUCGAAUUAUCAAUAUAAUCAUUUGAGUACAUCCAGACGAGACAUCUUCGUAUUUGGCAUGCAGGUCGAUGAUGAGAUUUGGGUGAUGAAGAAUAGUUUGGGUAUCGAUACCCAUCCUAGGAGACCAACAUUUUAUCCAGCUAUGGGAAGUAUCAACGCCCUGGGAGAUUUUGAGAAACGCGAAGAAAGGGAGAUAGCAAUAGGAUGGGAGAGAAAUAAAUUGUAUAUUCAUCUGGCGGCGAGAAAUAAUCCGGGGACGUUUCAUUGGAGUUUGUACUUGACGGAGGAGAAACCGGAGAGGGGAUGGGUGUAUCAUGUUUUUGACCCGGUGCCGGAUAGGUGGGUUUUGGAGAUGUUGGGGGGAGAUGGGGAGGAGGAAAGGGUGAAGGAGAAGAGGAAUAGGGAUAGUAGCGAGGACUCUGAAUCACCAGGCCAGGAGUCCGGGGGAGAUGGUGACCAGCCCGUAGUUGGGCCUAAAGGGGAAAGCAAAGAAGGACCAGAGGACAAAACAGAAUCCAAGAAAUGUGAAGAUAAACGCAAGCGAGAGUCGGAAGAUACAGGACAUAGCAGCGAUGAAAUGAGCGAUGAAGAUGGGCAGUUGGAAAGUGACAGGAUUGUGAACGUGAAAGAAAAAGAAGUGGAUAGGAAACGCAAGAGGAACAAGACAGACAAUGAGGAAAAUCAAGAAAAGAACGACGGGGUACAAAAUCUGGAGGAUCCUCGCAACAGCAAGAACCGCGACACAAAAGAUAACAACUACACAUUCGUCGCCUCAUCCUCUCUCCUUGCCGCUAUUGAAAUCGGGACCGAUAUCCAAGAUAUGCGAGAGAUAAUCGAAGAAACGAUAUCCACCGAAUGGACGACGGGCAGGAAGAAGAUCGCAAAAGGGGAGAAAAUCUGUCGAGAGUUUUUGUUGAAAUGUGUUGAGGAAUUAGAAUCGGUGGGAGUGUUGAGUUUUAGGGAUGGGAAAGGGAUCGGAGAUGUCGAGAGAGAAGCGGAGGAGUUUGGGUUGUUGAGCGAUCCGGCUUUGAAUGUGGGGGCGAGGAGGGGGAGAGUGUGGAAGAGUAGGGUGGUGGAGUGA